AAGGUUUGAACGGUGCUGCUGAGCUCUACAUGAACCAUGUGAGUGAGAAGACUUUACAGAGAGAAGCUCGCAGCACACCAGCCAGCGCCACCGGAGCUCUAACUGCAGAUCAUGGCUCUUUUGCACCAAGGAUUCGUUCCGGAGCAGUGAAUAGAACUCACACUGUACCACGUCUCAUCAUCUCCUCACAGCACCUCCAGAGCUCCUGCAACAUCAGCAGCUGACUUCUGCAACAUGCCACCACGCUGAAAGUCACCACCACGGGGCUUUAAUCCUGCUCAUCACUGAUUCCAAUAUUCAUUUCCCCAGAGGAACCUGUGUGAGGGAUCAGGACCACUUUCUGAACAUCUUCCACUGCUCUGAAGGUUUUCCCAGGAAUGGCGUUUCCUAAUGAGCGUGUAAAAGAUCUGGAUUUUCUCCUCCUCGUCUGAGACUCAGCAGAAAGACGAAAGCGUCCACGAUGCGAAAAAUCCAGACCAUCUUGCUGCUGCUGUGUUUGCACAAGGUCACAUGCAGGCGUCUGCAGAUUCCCGAGCUGGGCAUUGUGGACUGGGGAGAGAGUGAUAAUGAGGGCAAUGAUUCCCCCAAAGGACUAAGCAACCGCAUGCCUAACCCUCUGCGCUUGUUCUCUAGAGCAUAUCGCACUCUCAAGAGCAGCAUGAGGCAGAUGACAUAUUUGGAAAAAAUGGACGACUCAUGGGACUGGUUAUCUAACCAGACAGCUGUUGGGGAGGCGCAAAGCAGGACUAAACGCAGACCCAUAGUGAAGACGGGCAAGUUCAAGAAAAUGUUCGGCUGGGGAGAUUUCAACUCCAACAUCAAGACAGUGAAGCUGAACCUCCUGAUCACAGGGAAGAUAGUGGAUCAUGGAAAUGGAACUUUCAGCGUCUACUUCCGGCACAACUCCACCGGCUUAGGGAAUGUCUCGGUGAGUUUGGUGCCUCCGUCCAAAGUGGUGGAGUUUGAAAUGGCACAACAGAGCACAGUGGAAACCAAGGACACCAAAUCCUUCAACUGCCGAGUGGAGUACGAAAAAACAGACCGGAACAAAAAGUCGGGGAUGUGCGGCUUCGACGUCUCGAAAACGUGCUACCAGGAGCAGACACAGAGCCACGUCUCAUGGCUGUGCUCCAAACCGUUUAAGGUCAUAUGCAUCUACAUCUCUUUUUACAGCACUGAUUAUAAACUGGUGCAGAAAAUUUGCCCCGAUUAUAAUUACCACAGUGACACACCGUAUUCCUCCACGGGAUAAUCUCACCACCUGGACUUGACUCAAACCAACCUGGGCCAAAUAUGCAGCCCAAACCAGGCCCAUUACUCUUCAAUGAAACCAUCUCCUAAUCUCACUGCUAUAUCUUCUCCAUCAAGUAAGCUCUCACUCCAAAUGUGGCCUGAACUCAAGGUCCAAAAUCUCUCCUAAUAUUGUGGGUUGACUCGUAGCCCAAACCCACAGACAUGGCCCAAGAUCAUGGGCUAACUUGCUCCUAACCCUGGGCCAUACUGUAUUUAUGGUUGGUCAAACAUGGAAUGACUAACUCCAAACCUCAGUCUUUCAGCUCCAAAUCACAGGCACCACCUAGUCACCCAAAAUAUUUCGCAGAGACCAAACUUGGCUUGAGCUCACUGGCUGACUUGUUCCAGCCCCAGCCCAAUUUGUCAAAGAUCUAAUCAGUCUCAAACCCAUGGGCUGACUUAGUCCGAAACCAAACUAUUUAAAUAUCUGAGAGGGCAAACUGGGCCUGAACUCCUCCCAGAAUUUCUUCCCGAUUUGGUCCACUCGGACUCCCCCCGCAGCACUGAGCUCCUCAACUGUACCGCAUGUUCUGCGUAUAUCAGGCACAAUUAAGGAUCAGUCCAGAUGUUCCAAAUCAGGCAAGACCAUUAGCAUGUGCUUUGGACAAACAUCUGCUUAUCAUGUGAGUGCAAUGGAGGGCACAUUGCGAGUUCUAAUUAAGACAGAAGAGUUCAGUGUUUGUUUAUAUCGAAGGCGCCGAACUCUACGCCGAGGCUGGACCAGAAGCUCGAAGAAACGGUCACCGUUUGAGGACAAAUUCGGACUGCCGUUUGCUCAGACAACAAUGGGCAAACCAGCUAGCAAGGACCAAACGGGGAAAAUAAGUUGAAUACCUUUGGUGUGUAUGUAUCUGUGUAAGUGUGUUAACCCCAUCAGUAAAUCUGCUCAUUGUGCACAGUGAUGUCGUAAAUCACAAAGAAACAUUAGAUGUUGUUGGCAAAGUUGCCCUGAUUAACAUUGUGAUCUUUUUUAAAUCAUCGUUCAGGCGAAAUAAGAAAAAGUAAAAAAUAUGAAACUUCAGAUUGCCCCUCGAGAGCUCUAUUCAUCGGACAGGUGGGUUUAGUGAAUCUGGCAGCCAAUUAACGACACUUUGUCAUGGUCUUGCCACAGUGCUCCGCAUUUCCAGGCUUUAAUUAACAUUAAUUACAGUGGGAAAUUUCAGUUGCACACGCUAAAUGAAGGGACUGAAGCCAAAAAAUGAAAUUUAAACUGUCAGUCAUGGCAGCAGUCUCGCAGAAAAGAAGAAAAAAAAUCAACUGGAGAUAUGUUUCGUAGUUACACAUCACGUUGAGUUAUCGGGAUUUAUUUGAAGUAGAUAUCCUGAAUAAUUAAAUGUUAUUUACUUGCAAUGUAGGUCCUUUAUAUUGUAUUGCUAAAACCUUAUUCCAGAGAUAACGGAGUCAUCAUGAAGUUCUCAAAUGAAAUUGGUGCUUCGUAAAUCCUUUAAAAACAUAGGUGAACGGUGGAGAUCUACUCUGUCAGAUUACCGCAGAAUCGGUAGAAUCAUCUGGUGCAUUUUUAGAAGUAUCUAACAAAAGUAAGUGCACCCCUCACAUUUCAGCAACCAUUUUAGUAUCUUCUCAAGUAACAAAUCUAUAGACCUGAAAUGUGGAUAUAUUUUAGACUAUCAAUGUGCAGUUUGUAUAGCAGUACAGAUUUACUGUCCUCUAACAAUAACUCAAUACACAGCCAUUAUUUUCUAAAUAACAGGCAAAAAAAGUAAGUACACCCUCAGUGAUAACAGCUGUACGUGGUGUAACGAUGCAAAGCCACAUGUCCUGUUCAUCAUGUUCAUGUUUUUGUCUGCUU